AUGACCAGAUGCUCUUUAUCUUUUGUUUGGGAGAAGGUGUUUUCCAUAAAGGAGACGUGCGGUAUCAAGAGUUCGUUGAACAUAGUUGGUGGAAGAGCAGCUAACGCAGGAGAGUGGCCAUGGCAAGCAUCGUUGCAGAUCAGAGAUAAAUAUACGAGAGAUUAUCAACAUUUCUGUGGAGCCGUGUUAAUAGCUGAAUAUUGGGUAGCGACAGCCGCACAUUGUGUCUAUGGAAAACGACAGAGCACAUUGUCCGUUUUAUUUGGAGCUCAUCAUCUCAAUUCUUUAAAUGGACAAGAAGUCAGGCUUGGUAUUAGUUCUAUCAUCACGCAUCCCUAUUAUGUAGACUCUGGUAAUUACCCAUGUGAUCUGGCUUUAUUACGGUUAAGUGAUCCUGUAGAGUUAGCUGAUGGGUUAGUACGUGAAGUAUGUCUGCCAGACGCUGAGGAUGAAGUUAUUGGAGAUUGUUGGGUCACCGGAUGGGGAGUGACGUUAGAGGAUGAGGGUGAUUACUUACAAGAAUUAAAGAGUGAUGUAGUUAAUAAUACCCACUGUAAAGAUCUAUGGAGAGGUUAUAUUAGAGAUGAUCAUGUUUGUGUUGGUUUAGGCAAUACCGGGGCCUGUAGGGGUGAUUCCGGUGGACCUCUUGUUUGUAGAAAAAAUGGCAGAUACCAGUUGGCGGGAAUAACCUCAUGGGGAGAAGAGACUUGUACCAAGAAAGGAUACCCUAAUAUUUUUACUCGUGUCUCGGCAUUUGUUGAAUGGAUAAAUCAUACAAUGGGAGCCAACCCUCUAUAAAGAUUUGGUUGAUACUGGUCCUACUAAUCACCGACAAGGGUGUUUUUGGUCAAUAGUGCCCACAAUUUCACAUAUUAUCCAUAAUUUUUUUUUUUAUGAAAUUAUUUAAAUUUUGGAUAUGAUGUGUAAAAUAUAUAAUAUGGGCAAUAUUGACCAAAAAACCCCUCUUGUCGGUGAUUACAGAUUAGUAGGACCGCUGCUGACAUAUUCUGGUUUAAAGUUACAUUAUAAGCAUAUCAUUUAGUGACAUACAUAAUAUAGUUUAAGGUAAAAACAAAAUAUCUGCCUAAAUAAGCCAGGAAACCUUUAAGAACUUUGUUCUCGUUAAUUUGAUAUGCUUGCCUUUCAUUAUUGGAAACAGAAAAACAAAUUACACAAAAUCGCUAAUGCUACAAGACACAACUUCCCCAUAAUGUGCGCUUGGCUGAUCAUAGCUGGGCUUUUAAAAAAAUUAAAAAAUAUAUAUUGUGGGCCAUAAUAGCAAAAAAAUGAGCGGUUUUGUGUCAUCAUUCGAAAAGCGGUAUUGUGUCAAGUCAUCACUAAUUAAGCGGCCUUUUGUUGCUGAAGAGAAUCGGUAUGAAUGUACUUGCGUACAAGCUUGCAAUUUCAUUACUUCACUUCUUUUUUUUUAUAAAAAAAUCCAACAAACUUUGUCCAUUUAAUAUUAAGAAAUUGUGUCUAUUUCAUUGAGAUUGAAUACAAUGCAUAAUAAAACUCGGUGAUCACGUAACAUAUUCGAUAGUUCUCCUGUAAAUAUCGGAUAUGUUCGUAAAGUUUAACGGGUACCGGUAUACCUCCGAUUAAAAUCUCUUUUACUAACUCAAAUACAAACUGUACAAGCUAAGGCAAACAUUAAAAAUUUGAAUAAAUAUUUAUUUGUUUUUAAACAAACACAGAACAAUAUUGCAUUGAUUUUUUUAUUGACAGAUUGCAACAAGUUGUUUUUAAAAAAUUCCAUUUAUUUAUUGUUUUAAUAUUUUCCCAAACACAUGACAGUGGCGACUAGGGCGAGUGCCGAUACCUUGGGCUGGCCCCGAUCCUAUGGUUCGAACGAUAUGCUGAUAUUUAAUUCGCCUGAUGCCAGUUGGAAUAUGGCGUUGGGCCAUAAUUAAUUGAAAGUAGUGUAUACUUACUAAGAUAUAAACAUUGGGCCAGAAAUCAUUUUCUAUAUAUAAUUCUGGAUCAUUUUGGAUGUAACAACCAUUUUUAUAGAUUCCCGCUGCAGCGAUUACAUAUAUUUUUUGGAAUCCGGUUGAAAUUGACAGACUUUACAGUAAGUAAAAAGUGUUAAAGAAAUCCCAAUGCUGUUGAACUACAGAAACACGGUUGCGUCCACAUCACCUUAGUUUUAAUAUUUUAUACUGCAUGUGAAUUUCUUUGUUUUAAAUUAUUAGUUUGACAAUAUAGAGGCUAUUAGAGCUAUUCAGUGUACAUAAUUGUAUUUUAUAUAUUCAAAUUUAUGUGAUAAUAAAUUUAUGAGCAGGGUAAUUAAAAUUUCGUUUCUUUUGGGGGUUUUAUUUUUUUUUUAAAUUUUAAUUAUCAACAAGUAUGGGCCAGGGACCGAGUAUGGCGUCAUCGCCAUCAUCUUAGAAUUGUGACGUGAUAUAGAAUCGAUGUCUGUCUAUUGAUGCGCAAUUGUCCAAGGAACAAGAAUGACAAGUUACUGGAAAUGGUGGAGUCUUGUGCUUUUUUCACCCCCAAGAAGAACAAGAUGAGGACCGGUUCCUGAUCAAAAAAUGUUAUAAACGGUAUCUAAAUAAUUAAGUUUUUAGUUAAAUUGUAAACACGUGUAUAGAUUAUUACAUAGUCUAUGUAAAUUAAUUGCAAUGAGUUUUAUUUUUAAAAACAGACUGAAAUAAAAUUUUGUCUCUUCAUAA